AUGUCGCCGCCACCCGGUCUCGAGCUCCUGCGCCUAGCACCCGAGCUAGUCGAAAACGUCAUCAAACAGCUCAGUGACAAAAAGGACUUGUCAAAUGUUCGAUUGGCUUGCAAAUCAUUAGACCAGCACGCCGCUAAAGAGCUUUUUAAAAACGUGUAUAUCUCUCCAGAGGAAGACCACGUUAACUCUUGGAACAGUAUCAGCCAGGACGAUGUUAUCCGUCGGGUACCUCGACAUGCAAUUAUCCACACGCAACCAGAUAUUGAAGAUCACGGGCUAGGCAUGACCAGAGAGCGCUUUCAGUUUGAUGAGGAUGAUGAGGAUGCUCCAAAUUUCGAGGACGCCAUCGCCGCCUUGUCGAGGUUCCCCAACCUCAGCUCGCUGGAGAUCGGCUUCACUCCGGAAUGCAUGGGUCGAAAUGCCUAUUAUUGGCAGGAGGUGGCAGAGGAUGCGUCUGAGCGCGAAGAAAAGUUGACGCUCAUCUUCCAGGCCAUCAAAGACAGGGCAGCAGACGAGAAGAACAGGCCGAUUCGCAAGUUGACCAUCAUACACCUACAGAACUGUCCCACCCCUGAAUUCACCUCUUCUGAUCUGUUUCGGGACGUUAUGGGUCAACUGGAGGAGCUACAUAUAUGCAUGGUUCAAGAAUACAACGAGCAUGGACCCGACCACGAUUACACCAAAAUUGAGUUGCAGACUUUCCCAGCGUAUUUCUGUUCGCACUGGUUGAAGCCCAUCUCCGCGAACCUGAAGGCGUUAUCUAUCUACAGUGCAUCAGACAACUGGGGCCCCUUCCCCGGCUACUUUGACCCGAGUGGUAUCCCUUUCCCGAAGCUCGAGACGCUGGCUCUGGGCUAUUACACACUUGCGCACGACAACGACCUCAACUGGAUUCUGGCCAUCAAGUCACUACGGAAGCUCAUUCUGCACAAUUGUAUGAUUGCUUCCUGGAUACGCAUCGAAAACAAGAAUAUGGCUGAGUGGAAGGUCCAGACGCAUAAUUGGACCAAGAUGUCCGGCGGACGCAACUGGUGCGAGUGUUUUGCAUACGAUGGGAAGUGGAGUCAGUAUCUGGACCGCAUCGCGGAAGACCUACCAAACCUUGUCGACUUCCGGUUCGGCUAUGGGAAAAGCCAUGGGUACAGAUUCGGCGAGCCUUCGUAUGGUGUAAAGGACCGCGACAGCUGUCCUGUUCAGAUUUUCCACCAGAGAUACAUUUGCUUCGAUAACGGGAUCUUGCCGACGCACUGGCCAGAACCGAGGUAUGAGCAUGAUGAGGGGAGGUUGCAUUCAUGGCUCGAUGACGGGUUCCCAAUUAAUGUGCACAAGGAGAGCUUAGACGCAGAUCAAAAGAGCCUGGAUGCACUGCUUCUCAUGCUAAGGUCGAAAAUGUAA